AUGGGAAGUCACUCUCCCUGGGAUACUCCUUUCGAUGAACUCCCCAACCCUAAACAAGUCUGGGUUGGGAAGCCGGGGAGUCAUGAAGAGGGACUAGGAAAACUCGCCAUUCUAACCCCAGAGGUAGUGGCCAAGGCAGCGGCAGCUGAGAUCAAGACCGGCCGACGAGUCACAAUGAACUGGGAUAUGACAAAACUUGACUAUCCGAAUUUGAACCGACAACCCUGCAAUCAUCAGAUCAUUCCGCUGCUUGGCGGGGUUGCUUUUGAUGAUAUAUAUACUAUGAAUCCUCAGCAGAGUAGUCAAUGGGAUGGAUUAAGACACUUUUCUCAGACUGUCCCUGGGCAGAAAGAGCGUGUAUUCUAUGGCGGCACGACGGUUGAGGAGAUCAAUGACCGUAAGAACGACCGAAUUGGUCUGCAGCACUGGGCGAAGGAGGGCAUUGCAGGACGAGGAGUCUUGAUUGACUACGCGACAUGGGCAGAGAAGAAGGGGAUCAAAUAUACCACCUUCUCAACGCACCAGGUCCGCUUGUCGGACAUCUUGGAGAUUGCCAAAGAAUGCAACAUCACAUUCCAAAAGGGCGAUAUCCUUUUUGUGCGGGUCGGGGUCACCAAGGAAUGGGAUACUAUCAUGACCGAUGCGCAGAAGCAGCAGUAUUCGGAUAAUCCGAGCCCAGAGCACGCCGGAGUCGAAGCAACCACUGACGUGCUUCGAUGGUUGUGGAAUACUGGUUUUGCAGCUAUCGCUAGUGAUGCGAUCAGCUGGGAGGUCUAUCCGCCCCAGAACCCUGAUGUGUUCUUGCAUGAGUAUGUGCUUGCCGGAUGGGGAAUGCCAAUUGGGGAGCUUUUCGAUCUGGAAGCGCUGGCGAGCACAUGCCAGGAGCUCCAGCGCUGGAGUUUCUUCGUCGCCUCGGUGCCUUUGAACAUGCCUGGUGGAGUGUCGUCUCCUCCGAAUAUGAUGGCAAUCUUUUAG